AUGUCAGUCUCUUUCUUCCGGGUUCUUUCUCUGUUCUCUUUCUUCUCUUCUUUUAUUGCUGCGAAUGGCCAGAGCACCAACUCUGCGUCUAACUCUGUUAGCGCAACGUAUGGGAGCUUGAGUGGUUCUCCCCCCGUCGAUCUUGACCUGAUAAGCGUAGACGACGAGGAGUACCUGGUAGAUAUCGUUCUAGGUGGUCAAACCUUCAGGGUCAUUGUCGAUACCGGCUCGACGGACCUCUGGCUGGACUUACAAGGCCUCGACAUCCCGUUAACCAAUACCACGGACCUCAUCGUUGAUACCCAGUAUGCCAUUGGAGAAGUCAAGGGAAACGUCCUGUUCGCGGAGCUACGCCUAGGGCCGUACGUGAUCCCUAGUCAAGCCUUCAUCAACGCCACUAAUGUGACCGCCAUGCCAGAAGGCACGCAGGGGCUAAUGGGCAUGGCAUUCGACACCACAGGAAUCUACGUGAACAUGCUAGAGGCCUGGAGCAGAGACACCGCGAACGAGCUCGCGCGCGGCCCCAUGUCCAACCUCAUCGCCCAGAACGCUUCCGCGCCCGGCUUCUUCGACCUGCGCCUCGGCCGCACGUACGCAAACGGUACUGAGCUGAACGGCCACAUGCUCAUAGGCCAGCACCUGGAGGGUGCGGAGGCGGUCGAGUCGGCACCGAAGCUCGAACGCGUUGAUUUGUUCCACUGGGUCGUCGCGAUGGACGGCAUGAACAUCAACGGCAAACCGUUCACUGGCUGGAACAAGUCCAUCGUCGCCGGCGUGCCCGAAGGCAAGGUCGCCGCAGUCUUCGACUCUGGGUUCACCACGUCUGCUUUUCCGAAGGAGCUCAUUGACGCCAUCUACGGGUCCAUCCCGGGCGCCGUCCGCUACAACGGCAGCAUCCUCGACACCGACAACGGGGCCGGACUGGACAACUGGAUCGUUCCCUGCAAUGCCAGCGCUAACAUCUCCUUCGUCUUUGCCGGCCAGGAGUACCCCGUGCACCCGCUCGACGUCGUCAACUUCUACACCAACCCCCUGAUCGGGGAGCAGGACGGGAUCAGCAUCGCCGCCAACGCCAGCAUCUGCACGAACCGCUUCUUCGCGGGCGACCACGACGAGUCGUACGAUAUCCUGCUCGGCAUGGGCUUCCUCCGCAACGUCUACGGCUCGUUCCACUACGGCAACUACACCCCGCCAGGCGCCAACAUCACCGGUCAGCUGCCGUACGUGCAGUUGCUCUCCGUGACCGAUAAGGACACCGCCUGGGGCGAGUACUACGAGUAUUACACGCAGAAGGUCCUCCAGGGCUCGCCCGAGGUGGACCCCGCUACUUGGCCCAAGUUUAUCGCAGACAUCAACAGCGACGAUAGCGACAGCAGCGAUGACUCCAGCUCCAGUGUCGCUCCCGCAGGGGACCUCGAGGUCGCUGGCGCCGUGGCCGACGGGUCUGGAGACUCGCCCUCGAGCAACUCCGACAGUAACAAGUACGGGCCUAUCGCCCUCGGCCUCCUCGGCGCGAACGUCGCGAUUGGGCUGGCGAUACUCGUGGUGACUCUUACGCUGUGCAUCCGGAGCGCGAAGGGGGAGCGCGAGGCGCGGUAUGCGCCUCUUCGUCUGCCGAAGGAGGCUGGCAUCGUGGACCCGGAGAGGGCCACGCUGUACAGCGACUGA